AGCAUCUCUCAAUUCGCUAAUUAGUGCUUUUGGAAAAAGCUCACGACACACCUAUUCGAAAUGGAUCUGGUCACUUUUCUAAAUGGUGGUGUUGACGAGGGAGAGGUUGCCCCGGCAACGGAGAAGAACGAGAAACAAGAAAGAGUUGUAAUGUCUCAAGGCGAGAAGUUGGAAGAGAAGUUAUUUGUCGACGAGUGCUACUUGUUCCAGGACGAAACGUUGACUCCGAUCUUCUGUAAGCCAAAGCUUAUCCCAUUGAAGACCAUCACUACUCAGAAGCUCGAGAAAAUGCAGCGUGAGCAGAUGGAGAGACUUCAGGUCCCAGAAGGACAGAAGGCGAGAACUCCGGAGUCUGCUGAGGCCGAGUCGCCAAAGAGCAAUGAAGGGCCAUCAACUUCUGAGCCAAAGGAAGCUGAUGUCUGGACUGCUGAUGAUUGACGAAAUGUUACAUGAACAUUCGCUCAUUAAUGAAUAAUCAAUCAAUUAAUUUAUUUUGUACAACUUUACAUAAUCAUACGAUUGCCAAAAAAAAUAUUUCCGCAAUUAUCAAUUCAAUU